AUGAAUCCACAUAUGGAUUACCAGUUUGCACAGAAUUACAAUGAUGGUUUAUUAGAAUAUCAUGGAAAUUAUGUCGGCAAUGACCACUAUGAGCAUGACCAAGGGGAAUAUUAUGAUAUUAAUAGAGGAUACUAUGAAGAAGAUGAAAUGGUAAACCAUGAAAUAAAUCCAAAUUUUGCAAAUGAAGAAGUAAGUUGUUGCCCAAUGGAGAUGAUACACAAAAAACGUCAUUCAUUGAGUUAUAAACCAAAUAUAAAGAAAGGGGUGCGAAAAACAGAUGUAAGCAAAAUACCAAAAUUUCGCAAUCCUUGGGAUGUCAAGGGUGACUUGCAACCCAAAUCAUCAAAAGAUAUACCCCUAAGUUAUGAUGAAGCACGUUUUAUACGUGAAAUUUGGCAAGAUACUAGGGCCCAAUAUGAGCCAAGCGAUGGAGAAAUUGAAGAAGAAUUUCUUUUUGAGGAAGAGUAUGAUGAUCUGGACGCAGAAAAGAGAAGAAACAGGCUUGUAGAAAGUGGAGCAAGUUUAGUAAGGUAUUCCAGGCACUAUGAAUUACCAACAAUAUCAACAAUUAUUAAAUCUUCUAAUCCAGAACAAUUCAGAAGCAGAUCAUUCUCUCCUGUUAGAUCUCAAGUAAACGGAGCUUUUAAUUCUAGAUUUAAUAGAGCUAAUCGUGGCUCACGCACUCAAAUAAGGGGAUCAACACAAAGGCAAUAUGAACGAGGAGUAAGAGAAGACUUUAAUUUCGAGAAUGAUUAUCGAAAUCAGUAUCUAAAUGACAAUAAAUUUGAUUAUAGAAAUGGAAAUUCUAGAAUGCAGUAUAUGAAUAAUGCAAUAGGUAGAAAAUCUGUUAAUCAAAAUGGUCAAUUUGGUGGGGAAAUGAAUGAAUUAAACUUUACUAAUAACGGAAAUAAUGAAACAAAUCCAAAUGAAAUUAGGGAAAAUUCUUCACUGACUACUCCAAUUUCAUCUCGUUAUAGAAACACUGUGUUGGGAGUCCCAUCAGAAUUCGACCAUUUAAACGAUCCAAAUAACCAUUUCUUAGCUUCAGCUGGCUCUAGAAGGGCAACUUCACCUGAUCUUCUUUCUCCUACGAAGAGCACAGGAAGAGGCCCUCCUCCGAAAAUAGGUAUUUUAGAGCCUGUUGAAACAUCUGAAGGAUUGAUUUCUCCUGUUAAUCAACGCAAAAAGUCGGUCAUUAAUACUCCAAGAAUAGGUUCUUUAACAUCAAGGUCCUCAGCAUGUUCUAUUUUAGGAGUAAAUAGGAAUAAUAUUGGAAAUUCGGGGAAUAAUUCACCAGAAAAUGUUCCAAUCAUUUCUCCAUCUGGAAAACAGACAAUAGUUUUUCAUAUGCUUCCAGAUAAUGAAAGUAAUAACUCCAAAGCAACAAUUUUUGCUGAUCCAGACACUCAAAAUAUUGUCACUGAACUACAUAUUAAACCUGGCGUUGAUAUUAAUGUCAUCUCUACUCCAACUGGGCCUGCAAUAGAAUAUGAGAUUUCUGGAGGCAGAAAUGCAAAGGCACAUAUUAACUUUUCAACAAAUACAAAUUCAGACUCUUCAAUAAGUAUUGGAGAUAUUCCAAAAAUUCAGACUCCUAAAGAAUUUCAAGAAGAACAGUUCAAUUUUGACUACGGUACUCGUUCUUCUAAUUUUAAAGGUCACGAUCAUAGUUACAAUGAUCGCUCAAGAUCCCAGAGUAGGAGGAGAUCCUCUCUGGAAGAAAAUAAAACAAGAACAUACAGUGAUAAUCAAGGCAGUAAUUUUACUCAGAAUCAAAAUGGAAUGAGAACAGGCAAUAAUAAUUAUAAUCAUUUCAAGCAAUACAAUUCUCAUUAUCCAAAAUCACAAGUUAAUCAACCUACUGAAAGUGAUGGAAAGAAAGAUGAAAUAAAUUCUUUGAAGACAAACUCACAGAUAUUAAAUAGUACAAUUGAUGAAGCCGGAAAAAUCUUCUCAGAAAUAGAGAGAGAUAUUCAAAGUCAAGUUAGAGAAGGUGUAGACCAAACAGGAGAUGUACUCGAAUAUUCGGGAUAUAAUCAAGAAAACAGUGGAGAUAUUGAAAGUAGUGCAGAUUUUAAGUACAUUCAAUCUUCAAAGAAUGAAUCUAAAUUAUUGGAAGGAGAUGUCAAUUGUAAUGAAGUUUUCCAAGAUAAUAAUCAUCCUAACUUAAAUACAUCAGCUGGAGGUAAUAAUAAUGUACAUGGAAUUACAAAAAGUCGCCCAAAUCCAUUCCUUCCCAUCAAGAAAAUUCAAAAAAGAAGUGGUUUGUCUGGGUGUAUAUUGAAUACAUUAACAUGCAGUAAGGUAGAAUCAGCUGAAAUGAAAACAUUUAGGGCAUUAAACCCAGUAGAAAUGAUUAAUAGAAAUCCUGAAUUUUAUUAG